GCGCAAAUAAUAACGUUAAAUCGAUUAAAAAAAAUAUCAGUAUUACCCAGCCUAAGUCACACCAGCUUACUGAUGUUCUAUUUGCGACACGUGUUUCAUUAUUAUGCUAUGUAUCCUAGCUGGAAUUAUGGAAAACAUGGCUUUGACGUGCCGAGUCCAUUAUCUGGACGAUGCAGACCCUUUCGUGUACGGAAACUUCCCUGAGCCGAGAAGACCAAUACCUUAUGAUCUUCAAGAAAACAUCGCAUUGAGUGAGCAAAUCGCUGGGAUUCAUAAAGUGUUGAUGGCUCCACUGAAGUUGGAAGACUGUACCCUUCAGCUGGCUUCCAAUGGAAACUACGUGGAUUUGGAGUUAACCCUGGCUGAACAGCGGGAUGACCUGGAAGCAUUUUAUGAUGAUAUCGACAAGGGAAAGAAGCCCAUCCUGAUUCUGAGAACACAUCUGUCUGUGCGAGUCCACUUCAUUCUAGAAAAACUGAACAACACUCCUGGACCUGAGUUUAAGAAAUCCUUAUUUUCUCUGAAGCGGAUCUUUGAGGAUGACAAAGACCUGGUACCAGAGUUUGUAAAUUGCAAUGGACUCACAUGCUUCAUCAGUAUUGGAGCAGAAGCAGAUCAGAAAUAUCAGAACUACAUUCUAAAAGCUCUAAGCCAGAUUAUGCUGUUUGUUGAUGGAAUGAAUGGCAUCAUUGCUCACAAUGAAACUCUGCAGUGGUUAUAUACCCUGAGUGGCAGCGUGUCAAGACUGCUGGCAAAAACAGCUCUCAAGAUGCUCAUAGUGUUCGUGGAGUACACCGAGUCAAAUGCCCAGCUGUUCAUUCAAGCUGUCAACACCAUUGAUCACAAAAGGGGGGUGAAGCCCUGGUCUUAUCUGGCUGAAAUCCUGGAAGAUAGGAAUGGAACCAACAGUGAGCUCCUGGUCUAUGUUAUGUCCCUCAUCAAUAAGACCUUGGCAGCUCUUCCAGACCAGGACUCCUUUUAUGAUGUCACAGACUGCCUGGAGGAGCAAGGGAUGGAGAGCAUUGUGCAGGUGCACAUGGGCAGCAAGGAGACAGACAAUGAGCUCAAGCAACAAUUAACUAUAUAUGAGAAUGCUUUGAAGUAUGAAGAUGGUGAGAUGGAAGAGCCUGUGCCACACAUUAGGAAAGAGCGCAGGAAGGCCACACCGUCUGUGGAGGAGGAAACAAAGAGCGAGAUGUUUCCUGGGCAGCCCUCUACAGAGCUGGCACUGUCCCCGAGCAACCCUCCGUGCCCCCCCUCACCUCCGUGCCCCCCCUCACCUCCGUGCCCACCUUCUGAGCAAUUAACCCCAGAUUCAGCAAACCUCACCGCCUCCUCAGAUUAUGAAUCUCAAAUAAGUUCACCCAUAAUGUCCCCCGAUGACGCCACCCCCAUACCGGGGCAAACAUUUGUCAGCCAGUAUUUUUCUCCAGUGGAAAUUUCCAGAAGAGCAGUUACUGGAGAACAAUUGGCAGAUUCAUGCAGCUCAUCAUCCACGGAAUCUGUUCCCUUGGAGAACCACAGCCAGCUGCUCCCAGACCAGCUGCCCAGUGCCAAAUCCAGAAGCAUUUUAAAAAUGCACCAAAGUGAUGUUGUCAGCCCAGAGAUGUGUAAUGUAACUAUGGACAAGCCGGUUUUGAAGAAAUUUACAGAUGCAUUCCUGCAGAGCCUGAAUAAAUCACAGAACAGGAAAAAGCAGGACAUGGAAAGUGAUCUGCUCAAGGAACCUGCAGCCAAGGAGAAUGGCAUCUUUCCUGACGCAGAUGCAUCCCGCUUACCCACAGAUUCUAACUUCAGCACCAAAGCAGAAGGUGAAGCAGUUCAGCACCAGGAGAAUGCAGAAGAAAAGCGUACAGCCAUCAAUGACAGCAACAAAACAAAGAGUUUGAAUGAGGCAAAAGACAAGAGCCAGGUUGACAGUGGGCUGAAGGCUGGUGACACAUUGGUGAGAGACCCAAAGGACGUGGCUUUAGGUCAGGAUAGCAUUAACUCACAGUCCCAUGUGCAGAUGGCAGAGGAACAGUCAGUGUGUUCAGAACGUGCACAGCUGGCACGAGAGAAGUACAGGCGUUUGCAUUCACAACACAGCAUUGAAGUGGAGACACACUACAGGGAUCUGGAGAACACCAAGAUGACACCAAUGACCAGGGAGUGCCAGGACUCCUUUGAUGGGGGACAUCCAACUCCUAUACUCAGAGUCAAAGAACUGGAUUUCUCUGAUCUCUUAGAGGAGGAAGACAUCGAUGUCCUGGAUAUAGACUCUUUUGACCUUGGCAUGUCCCCAGGGUGUCUGACCCCCAUCCCACCUCCACCCCCGCCUGGCUUUGGAAUCCCACCUCCGCCUCCCCUUCCUUUUGGGAGUGUGGACAUGGGAUCUCCUCCUCCACUCCCAUUCCAUGUAGGUGGUGCUGACACGGGACCUCCACCCCCUCCACCACCCCCAGGCAUGCCCCCGGCUCCCCCUACACAAAAUCUUGAACCUGGUUUUACCAAGAAGAGGAAAACAGUCAGAUUGUUCUGGAAGGAGCUUAAGCAAACAGACAGCCGCAGAAAAUCCAGAUUUGGAGAUGGUACACUGUGGGUUACCUUACAAAAAAUAUCUGUGGACACAGCUAAGCUAGAGAACUUGUUUGAAUCAAAGGCCAAAGAGCUUCCUGCUCCCCGGAAGGCAGCUGAAGGGAAAAAAUCUGAGAUACACGUCCUGGAUGCCAAGAGGAGUAAUGCAAUCAACAUCGGAAUGACUGUCUUACCUGCCAUCCAUGUCAUUAAGAGUGCCAUACUUAAUUUUGACGAAUUUGCAAUCAGCAAAGAUGGUAUCGAGAAAAUUCUGACCAUGAUGCCAACUGAGGAGGAAAAGCAGAGGAUCCAGGAGGCACAACUAGCCAAUCCCGAUGUGGCUCUAGGGACAGCAGAGCAGUUUCUCCUCAGCCUGUCCUCCAUCGGUGCCUUGGCAGCCCGGCUGCAGCUCUGGGCCUUCAAGCUCAACUAUGAGACACUUGAGAAGGAAAUUGCUGAACCCUUGUUUGACCUCAAAGUGGGUAUGGAGCAGCUUGCCAAAAACGAAACACUAAAGUGCAUUCUUGCAAGCUUUUUGGCAUUUGGAAACUUUCUCAACAGUUCCAAUGCCAAAGGCUUUGAUCUGAGCUACUUGGAGAAGGUAGCAGAGGUGAAGGACACGAUGCAUAAACAGUCUCUCCUGCACCACGUCUGCAACUUCAUCAUAGAGAACUACCCAGAGACAUCGGAUUUGUACUCUGAGAUCCCUGCAGUCACAAACUUUGCUAAAGUUGAUUUUGACCAGCUUUCAGACAACUUGGUCCAACUGGAGAAGAAGUGUAAAGCAUCCUGGCACAAUCUGAAGGAGAUUUGCAAGUAUGAGAGCAAACAGCUGCUGAAGAACAGGAUGAAAAAAUUCCUAACGAACUGCACAGACAGGGUUAUUGUCCUCAAAGUGGUGCACAGGCGGCUGGUGAACAGAUUUCACUCUUUUCUGCUGUACCUGGGUCAUCCCUCCUACUCUGUCCGAGAUGCAAAGGUAACCCAGUUCUUUAAGACCAUUAGUGACUUUUCUCUGGAGUAUCAUACAACCAGAGAAAGGGUUCUUACUCACAAGCAAAAACGGAAUGCCUUGCGGCUGAGGACCAAGACUCGAGGGAAGCUGAUCACAGAGACUGAGAAGUUCUCCAGUGCUGUGCCUUUAGAGCCCCAAGUUAGCCCUGUUGCUGUCUCCACCACUCCAGAACCUGAAGUUGCUCAGGAAGAACAUGAAAACAUGAAGAAUGUUUUAAUUACCAACGCAGAGCCUCACAUCAUCCGGCGCACACGCGGAAACUUAAGAAGGGUUAGUCCAUGCGAUUUGUCAGGAGCCAGAGAGGACAGUACUGGUUCCCAGGACGAUGCCACGGAAGAAAUCAUGGACUGCUUGGUAAAAUCUGUCACUCAAAACCCAACAGACAGGCCAUCCAGCACAAGACCACGACAACGGUCCAAGGCCCAGAGGAAGUCCUUACGGAGAACCUCGGAUGUCGCUAAAGCCCUUGAACUGAUGAAGAAGGUGGCACUGAUAGAAGCUCACCAUUGAUGAUCCACCAAAACACAUGGCGUGUGCAAGGCCUUGAGUCUUUCUGGAGAACUAGGAAAAAGUGUUGAAAGAUACCACAGCAGCAUCAUAUAGAUGAGUUGUGGGCUGAUAUGUAACAGCCAUUUGCAGUCCAGUCGCCUUAUUUAAUUUGAAUUAAAUAAGAGAGUCGGACAUGGCUGUGAAUUCUACAUUGAAACCAGAAAGCAAAUAGUUACUUUAGUCUUGGUAGUGGGAGAAAUUAAGCUUUUUACUUGUAUGGAAAUAGAAUUUUCUAGAUGUGUGUGUAUACGGGUUGCUAUGAAUAUGUUUUGACUUAUGACCUUAGAAAUGGCCUUUAUCAUACGUGUGCAUUUAAUAGUUGCACUGGUGAGCAGCUACUGAACCAUGCUGAUGGUUUGAGUUCUAGGUUAUAGUAUAAGCACAGUUUAAGUUUUUGAUUUGGAUAUUGCCUGUUUACAGUAUUGGCUUUGAUGCAAUGAGAUUUCUUUUGCAGAGAACUCAAAAACGAAUCUACUGAAGAACAAAAUAGUGACAGGCUGAAGAGCUGGCGCUCUGUGUAUUUGGGGCAUGUAUGCUCAGGUGUUCAUUGUUGUGGGUUUUGUCAAUAAAGCAUACCUUGUUCUU